AUCAACAGAGAAGAGCUAUCAUCUUCGUCGUCGUCAUCAUCAUAAUGUUUCAAAGCAGAGGAAUCUUAUCAAUUCUUAAGAGAAACAAAGCUUCUCUAAAUACCAUCGUAUCCAACCUAAAAGAAACGAGCUCGUUUAGAGCUGCUCUCUCUUCUUCACCAUCAUCAUCUACACUUGCAAGGAGUUCCCUUUAUGGCUUCAGAUCUCUCUAUAAGGUUACUUAUGUGCCAUCUACGAGGAGCAUGUCCACUGCUGCAGCUGUGGGCGUUGAAGCCAAGGAGGGAUUGAAGCUACUUGUAACUGGAGGUCCUCGAGCUCAGAAAAUGGUUGGGAUAUGGCUUUUUGGCUCUGCUGCUUGGGUGUUUAGUAUGGUGGUGCUUGGUGGCAUCACUCGACUAACACGAUCUGGUCUUUCAAUGACUGACUGGAAAUUCACUGGUGGCCUCCCUCCUCUAUCAGAUGAGGAAUGGUUGCAGGAGUUUGAGAAAUAUAAGCAGUCACCUGAAUAUAAGCGUGUAAACAAAGGGAUGAGUAUUGAAGAUUUCAAAUUUAUUUAUUGGAUGGAAUAUGUGCACCGUAUGUGGGGAAGGGGAUUGGGUAUCAUUUUUGCUCUGCCAUUUUCAUAUUUUCUUCGUAAGGGAUAUAUUACCUUACGACUUGGACUGAGACUGUCUACUCUUUUUGCCCUUGGUGCUGGUCAGGGACUAAUUGGGUGGUGGAUGGUUAAAAGUGGUUUGGAGGAGCCACCCUCUGAAUAUUCUCAGCCUAGAGUGAGCCCUUACCGUCUUGCAGCCCAUCUUACUUCUGCAUUUGUCAUCUACAGUGGCCUCUUUUGGACUGCUCUUUCUGUUGUUAUGCCUGAACCACCUGCAGAAUCAGUUGCCUGGGUUCAUGGGGCAGCAAAAGUGAAAAAACUUGCCCUUCCUGUGAGCAUCAUCGUAGGCAUCACAGCUGUCUCAGGAGCUUUUGUUGCAGGAAAUGAUGCUGGCCGUGCUUUUAAUACUUUUCCAAAGAUGGGGGAUACAUGGAUUCCUGAUGACGUGCUUGAUAUGAAGCCACUUAUUCGCAACUUCUUUGAAAAUACAUCUACUGUUCAGCUUGACCACCGUAUCCUUGCCACAACCUCCUUAUUUGCAAUUAGUGCUUUAUGGUUGUCAACAAGAAAGCUGGAUAUACAUCCUGCUGUCAAAUCUUUGAUUGGAACCACAUUUGGCAUGGCUGCUCUUCAGGUGACCUUAGGGAUUUCAACGCUUCUCUCAUAUGUCCCUGUUUCACUUGGCUCUGCGCAUCAGGCUGGAGCUUUGACUCUUCUGACCUUUAUGAUCUUGCUCAAUCACAUUGUACGAAGGCCUUCAGCGUCUCUUCUUAAAUCUCUCCCUCAAGUCGCAAAAUCAUUCUGAUAGCUUCAGUUAUAAGUUCAGAACUUAUAAGUAGCAACAACAUUGAUUAUUGGAUACUCAUAAUAUAUUUUGACCUCCAUUUUUCAAAUUGGAAUUUAAUCCGAUGCACUAUUGAAAAGCAAAAAGCUUUUGUUGUGUUUCUUGUACUGGGAAAACUCAUCCCUAUUCUUUGUAAUUUGAAUGGUAAUUGACAUUUGAGGCUCUAUGACUUACCCAAGUAAUAGCUUCAACCACCCAUUUCACUUGCAAUAAAAGGUAACAGAAAAU